AUGGAUGGUGAAGUUGGAUGCAUGGCGCACUCGUGCUGCCAAGCGAUGCUAUUCGCUCUAAAGAAGUAUUCCAAUUACAAUUAUAUAAAGAAUUUGAGUGCAGUACUAAGCAAUGUGAAACAAAAAUUUGGGUUUGCUGCUGUUGUUGCUCUUCGAACAGACAACAUCGGAGGCUAUGCGAAGACUGUGGACAAAGGAAUUCGUAAGGAGCGCUUCAAGUUGAAAUUCGCGUAA